AGCAGUAGACUGACGUUCAGCACGUCAAGCGUGGUCCAACAAGUGGCGGAACCGUCCGAUGCGCCCCGAGGGCGCCUGCCUCCGCUUGCAAGAAUCGAUGAGAGCCUGUACUCUGCUGUACGCCCGCAGCCUCUGAGCGCCCUCUCUGCGCUCGCCUCUCGAUUGCGACUGAUCCCACUCGAGGCCGACGAAGCGACGAGGAAGAGGCGCCUCGAGCUUCUUGUGCAGGCGUGCACCCACCCGAGCUUCGGCAAGAUGGUGCGGGAGGAAGAGGCUAUCGAGCAGAAGACACCAUUCGAGAGGCAGCUCGUCGCAUAUCCAGCAAACCUCGACAAUGCAUCACUUAGCACCGUCGGCAAUUCGUUGUUGGGCAUGGUUGCAGCCGAGCACCUUCAUCUUCGAUUUCCGAACCUGCCGACUCGAGUCCUCAAGGCCGCGGUAUCGGCUCACGUCGGACCCAACACGCUAGCCGAUGUCGCUACAGAGCUGGGGCUCGGCGGCCAGGGGAUCCUGCGGUGGGACCGAAAGGCACGCACAGCGGCGGUGCAGGAGGACGAGAACGGCAAACGAUUCAUGGUGAUUGAGAAGCAGCAGAAGCUCAUGUCGAGGGACGUCAUGGCCGAAUCGAUGCGAAGCAUCGUCGCAGUCAUCUUCCAGGAGCAAGGUCUCGAAGUGGCUCGGUCCUUUGUCCGGAAUCACUUCCUGACGAGGCUCGUCCCACUGGCCCCCUUGCUCAAGUUCAGCGACCCAAAGAAGACGUUGAGUGAAACGUGCAAAAAGUACGCUCGGGAACGACCCCAGUCGAGGUUGAUUGCAGAAACGGGACGACUCAGUAUCAAUCCCAUCUUCGUUGUGGGCGUCUGGAGUGGCCAGGACAAGCUGGGCGAGGGGACGGGAAGCCGAAUCAAGAUGGCCGAAUACAGGGCUGCCGAAGAUGCCUUGCGGAGAUUCUAUCUGAGUGAGACGCCCGCGCACGAGCUUUCGCUGCCUUCGCAGACGCUCGACCGCGAGUUC